AUGGAGGCCAACGCCAACUCCCUCCCUCUGCCUGACGUCAUGAAAGCCCCAAUCCGGCCCGACAUCCUCCAAGACGUUCAUCGUGACAUCUCCAAGAACUCUCGCCAACCCUACGCCGUCUCUAGGUCCGUCAGCCACCAAACCUCCGCCGAGUCCUGGGGUACUGGUCGCGUUGUUUCCCGUAUCUCUUGUGUUCUUGGCGGCGACACUCACCGUGCCGGCCAGGGUGCCUAUGGCAACAUGUGCAGCGGUGGCCGCAUUGCCUCCCUUGUCAUGGCCUGCUGCCACCGCAUUGAGUCUGUCCUGCAAAUCCCCUGUGUGAUCUCCGAUUCUGCUGAGGCCAUAGAGAAAACCUCAAAUGCUAUCAGUCUUCUCAAGAAAAUUGGGGCUUACCCUGAUGCUGAGAAGGCUAAGGACAGCUAG